GAAACAAUUUUGAUGUGACACACAACUUUAACGCAGUACCUGUGGUACUGUGAACCAGUUCGAAGGGGAUUCAAGCAGCACAAGAGAGGAUUUUGUAAUAAGUGGUAUACUCGUAUGCUGUACGCUUUCACCAGCAAUCAAGCUACCUGACAAAAGUAUUUGGAUACCGGAAACAGUGGAUACGCCAGUUCCUAAGGAGUUCCGGGCCGUGUAUGAGAGAAUUGGGGCUGUUUGUCUCCCCGGGAGAUGAGUUGCGCUCCGAGACUCAACAUGGCGACCGCUGUUCAACCCACUAUCAGCACUUCCACAGCAACCGAGCUGGAGUGAAGAUCCGCCCGCUAAGGAGGGAGAGCAAGGAUGAACGUCUGCGCUCAGUAUCUCCGGCAGGCAGAAGCCCUGAAGGCUGAUAUGACGGAUUCAAAGCUGGGUCAAGCAGAAGUCUGGACGUCCAGGCAAGCGCUACAAGACCUAUACCAGAAAAUGCUGGUGACAGAUUUGGAGUAUGCACUAGACAAGAAGGUGGAACAGGAUUUAUGGAAUCAUGCCUUUAAAAAUCAAAUCACAACACUACAGAGUCAAGCAAAGAACAGAGCAAACCCAAACCGGAGUGAAGUGCAAGCAAACCUUUCCCUGUUUCUUGAGGCAGCUAGUGGCUUCUAUACCCAGUUGUUACAGGAGCUGUGCACAGUAUUUUCUGUGGAUUUGCCAUGCCGGGUAAAGUCCUCACAACUUGGCAUUCUGAGCAAUAAACAGAUGACAAACAGUGGGAUAGUGAGGCCUCAGCCUAACUCAUGUUCUUACAUCUGCCAGCACUGUCUUGUUCACUUGGGAGAUAUCGCUCGUUACAGAAACCAAACCAGCCAAGCAGAGUCCUACUACCGUCAUGCAGCUCAACUUGUUCCAUCUAAUGGUCAGCCUUACAAUCAGUUGGCUAUAUUAGCUUCCUCCAAGGGUGAUCACCUUACAACCAUUUUCUACUACUGCAGAAGUAUUGCUGUGAAAUUUCCAUUUCCAGCUGCAUCUACUAACCUGCAGAAGGCACUUUCUAAAGCACUAGAGAGCCGUGAUGAAAUGAAGAUUAAGUGGGCUGCGUCAGAUUUUGUGAAAGCCUUCAUUAAGUUUCAUGGUCAUCUGUACUUGAGCAAGAACCUGGAAAAGCUUAGCGUUUUGAGGGAGAAGCUGGAGGAGCAGUUCAAGAGACUUGUUGCACAAAAGGCAUUCAACUCACAGCAGCUGGUUCACAUCACUGUCAUUAACUUGUUUGAGCUGCACCACCUGCGAGAUUUCAGCAGUGAAAAUGAUGAGCAUAGCUACAGUCAGGAUGAGAGGGAAUGCUGGAUGCAGCUGCUUGGCCUUUUUGUGACCUUCUUUGGAGUAUUGUGCAGAUAUGCAUUGAGGAAUGAAACCCAUGAGGAAAAGAUAGGUGAGAAUCCUCUUCCAGCAAUCAAGGUUUCUUUGGACUGGCUAAAACUUCGACCAAGUGUAUUCCAGGAAAGUGCUGUAGAAGAACGAAAGUAUGUGUGGCCUUGGCUGGUUUCACUUCUGAAUGGCUUCCAGCUCCACGAUGAUUUAUCCAGUAGUAACCCCACCCCAUUGCCGGAAGAGUUUGAACUGCAGGGGUUCCUAGCACUUCGUCCAUCUUUCAGGAACCUAGACUUCUCGAAGGGACAUCAAGGUAUUGUUGCAGACAAAGGAGGUCAGCAGCAGAGGAUAAGGCAUCAGAGACUUGUCCUUCUGGGAAAAUGGAUGGCUGAAACCCAGUUCAGGUUGAUUCAAUGUAGAUAUGAAGAUGGCAAGCUGCUCUUUUGUACUGACAUCCCUGAGCUCAAAAUGGAAGAUUACACAGAGAUAAAAGAUGGGCCAGUACUGCAGGAAUCUUCAAAUGCUGAUGUUUUUAGUGAUGCUGGACUUGGACUAAAAUCUGUUUUGUCAACAGGCAAGACACAAAGUAACAGCUGCUCUGAGGGGGGUGAGAAACCCGUGGUCACUUUCAAGGAAAAUAUUAAACCUCGUGAGCAAGGCAGAAAUCACCACCAGAAAGAUAGUAUGAAGGAAAGAAGAGACUAUAACAAAGGGAACAGUGCUGUAAAUAAGAAUGACUUGAAGAAAGACAACAGUAAGAGAAAAAAUGAACAGAAGAAAAACCAGGAAAAGAACUUGGAAACAGGAAAGCAGAACGUGGCAGUGCAGGUAAAAGCUCAGUCUGAGGUGAGGAAAACCCCUGUGUCUGAGGCAAGAAAAACCCCAGUAACACAGACUCCACCUGCACAGAGCAGCAGCUCUCCAUUUAUCCCCAUUCACCAUCCAGCAGCAUUUCCUCCUCUACCUAGCCGACAAGGUUUUCCACCUCCUGCGUAUGUCAUACCUCCACCUGUCGCUUUCUCCAUGAGCUCUGCUUAUACUUUCCCCACUGGGGUGUCUGUACCAGGGACAUUUCUUUCAGCUACUGCUCACCCUCAAUCGGGGAACAGUGUGCAGACAGGGAAGCCAUCUCACAUUCCGUAUAGUCAGCAGAGACCUUCAGGACCAGGGGCUGUGAAUCAAGGACCUCAGCAACAGCAGCAGUCACAAUCCCAGCAGCCUCAACAGCAGCAGCAACAGCAGACUGUCCAGUCCCCUGUGCAGCCCCCCAAUCAGCUGCAGGUGCAGACCAUGGCUCAGCAGCAGUCUCCUACCAAACCAGGGCAUGCGCUAGGCAAGAGCCCACCUCAUCAUCCAGGAAUGCAGCAGUUCCUUUCUCCGGAGCAGUCCAGUUCAGUAUGGAAUCAGGUGCAAGCACAACUUCAGAAGGUGCCAUUGCAGAUGCAGAUGAAGCAGCCCUUCUUCAUGCAGCAGCAGCAACAGCCACCACCACCACCUCCACAGGAUCCACUGAAGCUGUUCGAGCAGUCUCUACAGAUGCAGCAACAACAGGCUUCCCUGGAUAAGAAGCUGAAGCCAUUCUCUAUGGAGCAGUUUAACCCAGCCCCUUCAGAUUUAAAAAUGCAGGACUUUUACUGGAAUGCACACUAUCCAGCAACUGACAGGUCUUUGCUGUCCAUGAACAAUGACCGCAUGAUAAAAAGGCAGACACAGCCAGGAGUCUUCCGUCCUGACCAGGACAGUGUACCAAGGAUGCCAUUUGAGGAUGCCAAGAGCACCCCUUUGCUACCUCCUGACCUGUUAAAAAGUAUCGCUGAUUUUGAUGAGGAGGAAGAACUGGCUUUUUCUAAACCUCAUGAUUUCUACCAGGCUCUGUCUGGCCCUCUUGGCACUGCUCCUGGAAGAAGCCUCUUUUCUGUCCUUGACAAGCCAUCUGAGCGGAUGCCUCAGCCGCCGCCUUUCCUGUCUUUGACGGGGUUUCCACUUACUCAGGAGAGAUACCAGAACAGCAUAUUCAAUGAACAUUAUGGCAAAAACUCCACAAGUAGCACAAAGACAGAAGUUACUUCUGGCAUGGGGCAUCAGGAACCUUCACUGUACUCUUUGUUUGAAGGAACUCCGUGGUCUCCAUCAUUACCUGCCAGCUCUGAUCAUUCAACACCAGCAAGCCAGUCUCCACAUUCAUCAAACCCAAGCAGUCUACCCAGCUCCCCUCCGACUCACAAUCAUAACUCUGUUCCAUUCUCAAACUUUGGGCCAAUUGGAACUCCAGAUGGAAGAGAGCGAAGAAUUCAAGAUCGGUGGAAAAUGGAGAAGAAGGUAGGCAGUUUUGGGUUGGACUACCUUCCAUCUACAUCAUCGUCAACAGAAAAAAGUUGGCAUCAAUCCACUGCACCCAACAUUGCAUGGUCCACCCAGGAGAACAACAUGGAGGAUGCUUCUGGUGUUUUGAUGGACAGCUUGAAGUCAAUCUGGUCCAGUUCAAUGAUGCAUCCUGGACCUUCAGCCCUCGAGCAGUUGCUGAUGCAACAGAAACAGAAGCGGGGACAAGGCACCAUGAAUCCACCACAUUGAAGGGCGAUGAUGGCACAGCUGUGAAUUAAGGCUUCACAAAACCAUGGCAUGUUGGGUUUGCAGUAGUGACCCACACGGUCCCUUGCGGGUGGCAGCCCUCUCCUCUCUGUCUGUGUUUCUCACUGUCAAGAGGGCAUAAGCGCUCCACCAAACCGCUGAGUGUGCACGAAGCUGCUCUUGAGCAACUCAAACAAACCAAGAUAUCCGAACACACUACCAUGCUGUCUGACUUUUUCUCCAGCGGAAGAAAAUGUCAUUCGUCUCACUCGGUUACUGAUGAAACCAAACAAGUGCUUGUCCACUGGAGCCUCUUCUCAUCCUUUCCAUUGUGCAUGUCUUGGACACUUAGACUGUAUUGGAAAGUGAAGCAGAGAAAUAGAGCAAGUGGGAUAAGUUGUAGUGAUGGAGUUCAAAAUAAUUCUUAUAUUUUUUCUCAGAGAAGAAGGAAUUAACUUAAUAUUGCUUCGCUGAUAUGGGACAGUUCACUAAAGUAUCUAUUAUUGCUGUAGCAAGAAACCACUUUGUGUACCCACCUAAAUGGAACGUGCUUAUAUAUUGAAUGUAGUAAUGAAGGACCUGCGCUCUAGUUCUUUUUGUUUGAACUGGUGGUGCUGGGGAGAGGAGAUGUGUUUGUAUAUGUAUUUAAUUGACUAUCUCCUGGUCCAGCAAGAAAGGGGUAUCCUGUGAGCGACAAAAAAAAAAGCAACAAAGCACUUCAUCUCACUGCAUCCAACCCUUUUGCUAGAAGAAAGUUGCUAGUUAUUCAUGUUAAUAUCCACAUUAGAAAUUACAGUAGUUUAAUACUGUAUUUGUGAUUCGUUCUGUAGAAUUUCUAGCUAAAACUGGGAUACAGUGUGCACAGCAGUGUUCUAUUGAAGAUGCAGCUUAGCUGCUGAGGGGAUUUUAAAUCUGUGUGUUUGAUUCUUCUCGUAGAUUUUACUAUAGCAUACCAGCCUUGCAGUAGGGUGGGCUCUGUCUUGUCUCUUGAGUUCUCAGUCUGAGUUAUUUUAAAUUGAUAGUUUAAAAAAAACUGAAUUGAUGCUCUUUGUUCAUUUUUUUUUUUUUUUUAAUGCCUGCUGCUGAUACUCUUGUUCCUGAUCUGCAGCGCGUCACUGAAAGGAACCGAUUCAGUCCAGCAGUGCUGCUGGUUCAGCAAAACGGGGCACAGAUAAAGGGUCAAGAACAUAAAUGCAUGGGCAGAACAUACAGAACAUAAUGCUGCUGCUGCACCAUGUUGUCCUCACGCCAGAUCAGGGAGGGGGAGGGACAUUGAAACAACACAGUAAUACUACGGGUUUUGCAUUCUAGCAUGGAAGCCAAACCAGCACAGUGGGUUUUCAGAGCAGGAGUUUAAAAAAACGUUUUCAUGUCUUGGGUGCACAUGGGGGAAGGGGUCAGAGAAAAACCUUCUUCAGACAGUUUCUGUUUUGGCAAUUCCAUUUUUAUUUGGGUUAAAAAGCUGAAAAUAUAGCUAAGUAUAAGGAAGAGGGAAGAAACCCAUUUUUACAUGCAAGAAAGCAACAUUGGACACAAACUGAAGGUCCAUUUUAAAAAGUCUAUAAAUGCUGUGCAAGUUGUGCUUUUUUGUAGUAUAAAUAGGGAACCUGGGAGCUGGGACUGUUCAGGCCAGGACAGAUGAACAAGAUAAACUUUGUACCCUGUAAUGUGCAGCAUUGCGAUAGAAAUUCCAGAAUUUUAUCAGGUAGACCCUGUACUCAUCAGUGAGUAAUGAUUAUUUAAGAGUAAGGAAAGUCGUUAUCCACAAAACAAGAACCCCACUGAGUCUGUUCUACAUGUCAAAGGUUUCGGAAGUAAUCUUUGUAGCUCAGAGGUGAAACCUUCCUAAAAUCAUUUUGGUAAAAUUCUGUCUACAUGAAGCCUUGUAAUUGCCAACUUCUUACAUACAGUAACAUGGCAAGGCAGCUAUGACAUUCCAGUGUUUGAAAUGCACAGAUUCACCUUGGAGUUCAGCUCAGUGCAGUAUUCAGUUCUUUCAGUACCAGGCAUAACGUCCUAACUCCGCAUGAGAAUAUUGUGUUGGAAUGUUUAGGGUUUCAUUGGAGCACGGGGGGCUUACCCUCCCUUGUUCAGAGGGAAUUAGAACCCCCACAUCCAUCCAGAAACUGAUUUGUGUUCUAAAGCUUUUGUGUUUCUGUUUGUCUGUACAACACCAUGUGCAGCGAUUGCUGGAAUCAGCUUUGCCUUUAAUAAAUUAAAUCUUGGUUCUCUCA